GGCGCGGGUUGGUGCUGCCGGGCCCGGCUCAGUUGGUUUCGGAGCGGAGGAGGGAGCGCGGUCGUCGCGGGCGCUGAGGAGACAAAGCGGCGUCGGGGGCGCGGCGCGGGGCCCGGGUCAGAGCGUCCCAGGCCGGAGGGGACCCGCGGAACGCCCCGUCGCCGCCGCCGCCGCCGCCCCGCAACAGGUCGGCCGCCUGCUCGGGCGCCUCCGCUCGCUCGGGGCCGCGGGUGGCCGCCGCCUCGAUGCGGUCGGGCCCCACAAUGAUGCCGAUGUUCCUCACCGUGUACCUCAGCAACAACGAGCAGCACUUCACAGAAGUGCCCGUCACCCCAGAGACCAUCUGCCGGGACGUGGUGGAGCUGUGCAAGGAGCCUGGCGAGAGCGACUGCCACUUGGCUGAAGUGUGGGGCGGCUCUGAACGUCCAGUGGCUGAUAAUGAACAUAUGUUUGAUGUUCUGCAGAGAUCUGGAAGUCAGAGGAAUGAAGUUCGUUUCUUCCUUCGUCAUGAACGGCCCCCUAGCAGGGAUGUUGUGAGUGGACCGAGGCCUCAGGAUCCAAAUUUAAGAAGAAAUGGAGUGAAAGUUCCUGGUGAGCACCGAAGGCAGGAGAAUGGGGUUAACAGUCCUAGGAUGGAUCUGACACUCGCUGAACUUCAGGAAAUGGCAUCUCGCCAGCAGCAACAGAUUGAGGCCCAGCAACAAAUGCUGGCUACGAAGGAACAGCGCUUAAAGUUUCUGAAGCAGCAAGACCAGCGUCAGCAGCAGCAGGCCAGCGAGCAGGAGAAGCUCAAGCGGCUGAAAGAAAUAGCUGAGAAUCAGGAAGCGAAGCUCAGAAAAGUGAGAGCGCUCAAAGGCCACGUGGAGCAGAAGAGACUGAGCAACGGGAGGCUGGUGGAGGAAAUUGAGCAGAUGAAUAGCAUGUUCCAGCAGAAGCAGAGGGAGCUCGUCCUGGCUGUGUCAAAAGUCGAGGAGCUUACGAGACAGCUGGAGAUGCUUAAGAACGGCCGGAUCGAUGGGCACCACGACAGCCAGUCUGCAGUGGCCGAGCUCGACCGGCUCUACAAGGAGCUGCAGUUAAGAAACAAAUUGAAUCAAGAGCAGAACGCCAAGCUGCAGCAGCAGAGGGAGUGUCUGAACAAGCGCAAUUCAGAAGUGGCGGUCAUGGACAAGCGCGUCAGUGAGCUGAGGGACCGGCUGUGGAAGAAGAAGGCAGCUCUGCAGCAGAAGGAGAACCUCCCUGUCUCGUCUGAUGGUGGUCUGGCCCAGCAGGGGGUGUCAGCGCCGAGUCGAGUGGCCGCGGUGGGACCCUACAUCCAGUCGUCCACUAUGCCCCGCAUCCCCUCCAGGCCGGAGCUCCUGGUGAAGCCAGCCCUGCUGGAUGGCUCCUUGAGCAUGCAGGCUUCAGAGGGCCAGAUCAAAGUACACACACUGCCCAACAUGAGGGCCGGGGCCGCUUCACACACUAAAGGUUCUAAGAUCCAUCCACUCGGUCCCGAUUGGAGCUCUUCAAAUGCAGAUCUCUUUCCAAACCAUGCCUCUGCUUCAGUGCCUAAAAGCCCUGGGUUGGCCCCAGAUCAAGAUGAUGGGGAGAUUCUGCUGAGGGAGAAGGAGAAGAAAGUGCGUCCUUUUUCCAUGUUUGACGCAGUGGACCAGUCUCCUGCCCCCUCUACCUUUGGAACACUGAGGAAAAACCAGAGCAGUGAAGAUAUCUUGAGGGACGCUCAGGCUUCCAGUAAAAACGUGGCUAAAGUCCCACCUCCUGUGCCGUCAAAACCCAAACAGAUCAAUCUGCCUUAUUAUGGACAAACUAACCAGGCGUCACCGGACGUUAAGCCAGACGGGAAUCCUCCGCAGCUGUCUGCAGCUGUGGCGUCCACGGGCAGUAAGCCCAAAGCUGUGGGGCAGCCGCAGAGGGGCUCGCUGGCCCCCAGUGUGCCUCCCACUGGCCAAGACCAGGCCCUUUCUCCAGGUCCGAAGCAAGAAAGCCCGCCUGCUGCCGCCGUUCGCCCAUUCACUCCACAGCCUUCCAAAGACACCUUACUUCCAGCCUUUAGAAAGCCUCCGACUGUGGCAGCCAGCUCCAUAUAUUCCAUGUACACACAGCAGCAGGCUCCCGGGAAGAGCCUCCAGCAGGCAGUCCAGACCGCCCUGACCAAGAGCCACCCCAGAGGCCCUCACUUCUCCAGCGUCUAUGGAAAGCCCGUGAUCACUGCUGCCCAAAGUCAACAGCCCCCGGAGAACAUUUAUUCCAGUGACCAGAGCAAGCCUGGCAGUCCAGAGCCUGACACAGAGCCCAUGUCUUCGGUUCAGGAGAGCCACGAACAUGAAAGAAUUCCUCGGCCCCUCAGCCCCACCAAACUGCUGCCUUUCCUCUCGAAUCCUUAUCGAAACCAGAGCGACGCUGACUUAGAAGCCCUCCGGAAGAAACUGUCUAACGCACCGAGACCACUGAAAAAGCGGAGCUCCAUCACAGAGCCCGAGGGUCCCAGUGGGCCAAAUAUUCAGAAGCUUCUGUAUCAGAGGACCACCAUAGCUGCCAUGGAGACCAUCUCGGUUCCGGCACACCCCUCCAAGUCGACUUCAGUGAGUGCCGGCUCAGAAAGCCCUGUAGAAAUUCAAAAUCCCUAUUUGCACGUGGAACCAGAAAAGGAGGCGGGCUCUCUGCUUCUCGAACCAGUGUCCUCCGAGGAAGCAGGGGCUGCGGAUACCGAGAACAGUGCCGUGCCAGCUCCUGCUCCUGCUCCUGCUCCUGCUCCUGCUCCGGGCCUCGAGUAUGUACCUGGAGGGCUUCCUGAUGGCAGCCCAGCUUUCCCCAGUCAUGUGGAAGAGCCAAGCACGGAGGCCCCUCAUCUGCUUGAAGUGUACCUGGAGGAGUACCCCCCAUACCCGCCCCCACCGUACCCAUCCGGGGAGCCCGAGGGGCAGGGAGAAGACUCCGUCAACAUGCGUCCGCCUGAGGUUACCGGGCAGGCUUCUCUGCCUCCUGGCAAAAGGACAAACUUGCGGAAAACUGGGUCAGAGCGGAUUGCUCAUGGAAUGAGGGUGAAGUUCAACCCCCUCGCUUUGCUUCUAGAUUCCUCCUUGGAGGGAGAAUUUGACCUUGUGCAGAGAAUUAUUUACGAGGUCGACGAUCCCAGCUUGCCUAACGACGAAGGCAUCACGGCGCUCCACAACGCUGUCUGUGCAGGCCACACAGAAAUCGUUAAAUUUUUGGUACAGUUUGGUGUGAAUGUGAAUGCUGCUGACAGUGACGGAUGGACCCCACUGCACUGUGCUGCCUCCUGCAACAACGUUCAAGUGUGCAAGUUUUUGGUGGAGUCCGGAGCCGCCGUGUUUGCCAUGACGUACAGCGACAUGCAGACCGCCGCGGAUAAGUGUGAGGAGAUGGAGGAGGGCUACACCCAGUGCUCUCAGUUUCUUUAUGGUGUCCAGGAGAAGAUGGGCAUCAUGAACAAAGGGGUCAUUUACGCCCUUUGGGACUACGAGCCCCAGAAUGACGACGAGCUGCCCGUGAGGGAGGGAGACUGCAUGGCCAUCGUCCGCAGAGAAGACGAAGAUGAGAUCGAGUGGUGGUGGGCGCGCCUCGGCGACAAGGAGGGAUACGUCCCACGCAAUCUGCUGGGCCUAUAUCCGAGAAUUAAACCAAGGCAGAGGAGCUUGGCCUGAAACUUGGCAGAAUUUAAUGAAUGAAGAAUUAACCCCCGUUAUCAUGAAGAAGAGAAAAUUUCACAAGGCCUGUUUUAAUGACAGUGUAACUUGGGAGCAGGAAGAAUGUGCUCUGGCAGAAAAUGAAGGACUGAAGAACCCACUGUUGAUGGAGGAUUUUCUGCUGACGAACGGAGUUUCUGAGAAUACUGCCUGCACCACCUGGGGGAGGGCCAGUUCCACGGAGCACCCGGAAAGACACCAACAGUCCUGCCGCCCUCCAGCGACACAGAGAGGCACUCGCUCAGCCUCCACGAAGCCAGUUCACGUCCUGGUUAGCUGGCAUUUGUCAGAGCCUGAGUCUGUCCUCUCACCACAAAGGACCAAUGCCAUCAGGGCGCCACCUGUGCCUGUCACCCAGCACCAGCAGGCCCUCACGGGACUCACAGGAGGGUGCGGGAGACUUGGACAUAACCAGCGAAGAGCCGUUAGCCCAGUGUCAGUGAGCAACGCCUUUCAUCCUGGGAAUUUCACAUGAUUUGCAAUAAUUCAAGCAACGUGACUGGUCAUAGAUUAAGAAUCUUGUUUUUAGACUGAAUUUGAAUCUAUAUUUAUUAUCUUUUGUAUCUCAGAAAUUAGAUACCUGUUAUAGACUCACCCACAAUACUUGUCAAGAUAAUAGCUGAAUUAAAACCAGUUGUAGUAAAAAUAAAAUUUUGAUUGACA